ACGGAUUUGAACAUUGUCCUUCACGCCGCUCCGUAGUCUCUGCUCGCUUCAGCCCGUGGAGCGACUAAAGAUGGCGGAAGCUCCCCCAUGGCCUAGCCGGUUCUUCUGUCACAGAUGCUCCGCAGAGAUUAGCCCUCGGCUCCCCGAGUACACGUGUCCCAGAUGUGAGUCUGGGUUCAUCGAGGAGCUGCUGGAUGAGAGGAGUGCUGACAAUGGCUCCAUGUCCACAAUCUCCAGCGGGCCCCAGAACCAACAACCUUUUGAGAAUGUGGACCAGCACUUAUUCACAUUCCCAUCAGGCUACGGUCAGUUCUCCCUCAGCGUCUUUGACGACAGCUUCGACUUCGCCGGGGGGCUUAGACCGGAGGACAACAGGGAUGCAGAGAACCGCCGGGAACGGGAAACGGCGUCCCGGCAGCGAUACGGCGCCAGACAACCCAGAACUCGUCACAGUGCACGGCGGCAAACCGGGAGGCACGAAGGAGUUCCUACUUUAGAGGGAAUCAUCCAGCAGUUGGUAAAUGGGAUAAUUGCACCCACUGCAAUGCCAAAUAUCGGUGUUGGACCCUGGGGAAUUCUUCAUUCAAACCCUAUGGACUACGCCUGGGGGGCCAACGGCCUCGAUGCCAUUAUAACUCAGUUAUUAAACCAGUUUGAGAACACGGGUCCGCCGCCCGCCGACAGGGAUAAAAUCAAGAGUCUUCCUACGGUCCAAGUCACAGACGAGCAUGUUGCCUCUGGACUGGAAUGCCCGGUGUGUAAAGAAGAUUACAGUGUUGGAGAAAACGUCAGGCAGCUCCCGUGUAAUCACAUGUUCCACAAUGACUGCAUCGUCCCCUGGCUGGAGCAGCACGACACGUGUCCGGUGUGCAGGAAAAGCUUAAGCGGGCAAAACACGGCAACAAACCCCCCCGAUCUAUCAGGGAUGAACUUUACCGCCUCCCCUUCAUCCUCCUCCUCCUCCUCCUCCUCCUCCACCCCCCAGUCAUCGACUUCCACCAGCAACGAGAACUCCACCGAUAACUCAUAGACGGCCUCUGGUUGUGCGUCCCUGUGAGCCAGCUCCGAGGCUGCAGCCAAUCAGAGCGGAGCCUCCCCCUCCGAGAGGCUGAGGCCCCCCAGCAUCAAAAUACAAGAACUGGGCCUGAUGCGGGGGGCGAGCGAUACAUGCGGGUAUGUAUUUCUGCUGGUUGCCGCGCCCCCACCUUCAUCAGGAAUGCGGACAGUGGAAGGGCGGAGGCCUGGAAUGCGACCUCCGACGGUGAAGAUGUGGAGAAGCACGGACACUCGGGGGGGAGAAGCCCCUCCCAGGAGAGGGGGAAUCCAAAGGUAGAGACUAGAGACAACACCACGGUCCAGUUCUAGCUUUUAUUCUAGACUUCUCUAAGUUAAGACGGCUCACUUUGGCAGACAAACGUGUAGUUUUAAGGCACAGAUCCUCUGAGCUCGUCUGCUGUCACGAUGAGGUCAUUACUUUGUUUUAAAGAUCUGCUUUUAGAUUACACCCCGCAGUCAUUGGUCUAAAUAUCAUUUAUUUAAUUGAAGUUAUAUUUGCUAAAUGAGUCUGAAAUAUAAUAAAACAUUCAAUUCUCCCAGAAUCCACCUGGAAAACCUUCACUGCAUUUUAACUUUACGGCAGAUUCUGAAAUCUCUGAGAUAAAAUUUGCUCUCAAAACAAGUCCUGAACUGAGAAAGUGAAACAUUGGGGUGCUCAUGUCCUGCCUGUUCUUCUCAUGAUGCUUUUAAAUCAUCUUUCAGGAGCGAGCUCCAACAAACCCCCUUUCCUGGCCGUAGAAAACGCUUUCAUGUCUGUAUUUUCUGAGGGCAGGAUUGUUUUCCACUCUAAUGACGUUUCUUUUGAUGCAUUGCAAAGCAGCUGGGAACAAUAAACACUUUAGUGAACACUU